UAUCCAUUUCGUCUAUUUAUUUAUCCACUACCAUCCAUUUUCAAUUCUCAAAUCAUCCCUUAUUUUCAAAUACCUGUUCAUGAUCGUAGUGGGACAUGGCAUACUGGUCCUAACAUUACCACACCAUCGAUAUUUAAUCCUGAUGCAAACAUGGCACAAUUUACAUCUGAAAUUGCUCUUCACUGGCAAUUUGAAAAACAUCCAUGUCGAACGCUUGAUCCUGAGCAAGCAACAUUCUUCUUCCUACCCGCUUAUGGAUUUUAUUUAACAUGGUUUUCAGAUAUAACUAACAUGACACAGCCAUUAUUCAAAGUAGCUGCCAGCAAGCUGAAUGCUGUUUUAAGAGAUUCAGCCGAAAUCGAAAACUUUUUCGACUAUGUCGAUCAACAAGCUUUACUAGAUAAAAACUCUUCGAAUCAAGAGCACCCAUUGCCAUCCACAUACAAAAAAUAUUUAUAUCGUCAUAAUUUAUGUGAUCAUUUGUUUGUUGCUUCUCGUCCAUUUCAACAGUGGGAUUCUUCUUAUGUAUGGAAUGCACUCGAUGGUCUAGCUCAAAAUCUUAUAUGGCUUGCCAUCGAAAUGACUCCACGCUAUUCGUCGAGUGUCUCGUCAAAAAUACUAAAAAAUAUUCCAAUACCCUAUCUAGUCACUGGGGACCUUCAUAUAGCUGGUACUGUGAUCUAUCGUCAAUUACAACAAAAAUUGUUAGUGAUGAAUAUCUCGUCGACUAUAGUCGAACCAUGCACAAACGUAUUCUGUUCAAUAGCGUUUGCUGAUCAGUAUCAAAAUGAAUAUGGCUCACUUUCAAGACCAUUUUUGACGUAUUUUGCUGGUAGUGUAAGACAAAAUCGUCGUCAUUUAAAAGAACUAAUGAAACAAAUGAAUAACUCGUCACUAUUUCACGAAAUCAGUUCAACAUCUCGUAAUGCCAAUUCUCAACUAUUUCGAAAAUAUUUGCAGAGUACGUUUUGUUUUAUUCUACUGGGUGAUAGUGCAUCAAGUAAACGUUUAUUCGAUGUUAUAGCAGCCAACUGUAUACCAGUGAUUAUAUCGGAUCAAUGGGAACUGCCAUUUACUUCAAAUUUACCAUGGCAACAAUUUUCAAUAAGAUUCAGUGAAUCGAUGCUCGAACAUAAUAAAUCUUAUAUUCAUCGACUAUUAACAACUAUGCCUGAGACACAAAUUUUUAAUAUGCAGCUAAAUUUGUAUAAAGUAAGAACACAUUUUUUAUAUUCACUUGAAAAUGAAAAUUUUGUAUCACAACCGAAUGAUGCAGUAGAUGAAAUUUUUAAGCAACUCGCCAUGAGACAACAGUAUGCAAAAACUUGUAAAUACCACAUGUAG